CGACCGCUUCAAAGAUCGACCGUCGUCGCUUUCGGUCGGAUACUGCGUUUCCGAGCUGCCACCAUGAGCGAGCAACUGAAGUUCAUCGUUCAGGAACUGAACAAGGAACCUUUCAACAAGAAGCUCAACCUCAUCAGCUUCGAUGCCUUUCGGCCGGACCAGCUACUGCAGGCGUUAAAUGACGUCUUCGCCGAGUUGGACCCCAAGAUGAAAGCGGACGUUCGCAGCGAGGAUCCCGAGCAAUUGGCCAUGAAAAACCUCGCCUUCCUGCGCAUAUUGAAGUACAAGCCUCCACCUGACAUCGCAGGCCGAGGUUCGUUCCGCCAGGGCCUGGUGUCGGGUGCAAAGGAGGCUGUGCUCCCGGUGCUCGAGUGGACGCUGCGCGGCCUGCCCGAGCUACGCAAGAGGGCCUACCUGGGACGAUUCCUCGUCAGGGUCGAACUGCCGCCCGAACUGGACGGGGACGUGGACUUGCAGGCGCUCUACGCGCAGUAUGAAGCGGCCAUGGAGCAGUUCAAGGAGGCGCACAAGAUGGGGGAAGCGCUGAAGGCCAGCGGGCUUAACACCCAGGAGCUGCGCAGGGACAUCUCCCAGAUGGAGCAGGAGCGCGAGCAGCUGACCAAGAAAAUCGCCAAGCUUCGCCGUAAGGUCGAAACUCAGCGCAACAAGGACGUCCUGCUGCAGUUGGCCAAGAAUCUGCGCGAGGAACAGGACAGGGCAGAGACGCUCGCCCAGCAAAGGAACAGCCUGCGAGACGCGCUGAACCACUGCGAGCAAAAGAUCCACAGGCUAACGCAGCAGCUAAGAGACCUGCAGCAUUCGGGAGCCGGCGCAACACCAGGAGGCCUGAUGAAAAAGCUGGAGGAAGAGGUCCGAGCCAAUGGCUACCUGGUGCGAGACAAGCUGCCCAAGGAAAUAUCCGCCUGUCAAAACGCGAUAAGAGACCUGCAGAUGGCCGCUGAACCAGCAAUGGGGCAAAACGAACUCAACAGGCUAAAGGCGAAGGUCCAGACUGAGAACCAGGAAAUCAACACUCUUUAUGAGCACAAGAUGCGAAGUCAAGAGCAGACCGAUGACAAGUUGACGCUCUUCAGGCAACAGGCUGCGGUCAUCGCGCGCAAGAAGGAUGCCGCCGCAGAGACGCUCAACGAGCUGCGACUGCAGGUGUCCCAGCUAGAGGCUCAGCUGCAGGAGAAGCAGAGUCUCGUCGCCGGCGGCGAGCAGGUCCUCAAGGGAGACGAGUUCAAGAAGUACGUGAACGCGCUGCGCGGCAAGAGCAGCCAGUACAAGCAGCAACGCCAGGAGCUGGCCGAGCUGAGGGCCGAGACCGGUGUGCUGGCCAGAACGCAGGAGAUACUCAUACACAAGGAGCGUGACCUCACGCAGACUCUGGAGGCGCUCGAAGAGAAACAUGGCGUUCGCGGCUACCACCGGCUGCAGGGAGCUCUGGAGAACUUGUCCGGCAACAAGGCCACGCUAGACGACACAAAGAUGGCGACCCUCGAAGAUAUGUCCACGAUGGUGACUAACCUCAACAAGCGAAUCGCCGAAAGGAAAGGGCGCCUGGCGCCGGCCAUAAAAGACCUGAGACCACUCCGGAAAAGCUACCAGGACGUGACAAUGGAGUACGAGAAAAAGAAAUCAGCCUACGAUACAUGCGCAGCAGGCCUGGAAAGUAGUAUGACAAGUUUGGAGCAGGAAGUGUCCAGCCUCCGAAGUGAGCUGAACAGCGAGGAGUCCAAGCUAAACUUCCUCCAGCACAGCCUCCGGAUCCACGAAGUACAGCUGAACUUCCUCAAGGCUCGUGGCGUGCUUGGAAACCCCGCAGCCGAUGCCGGGUCCGACAGCCAGACUUCCCUCAGAGCCCAGCUGAGUCACGAGAUCGCCGAGCAGGAGAAGCGGGGCAAGGCCCUGCGGGAGCGCCAGAAGGAGUUGCGCGAGAAGCAGGCCUCGCUGCGCGCGCAGACCGAGCAGUGGACACACCUGCAGGCGCUGCUCAGAGCGAAAAUGGCCGCUGUCACCACUCCGUGGCACCAAGGGGCACCACCGCCGCCACCAGGUAGCAUGGUGGCGCGUGGAGACACCACUUCAAGGGACUGGCUCGUGCUGUGAUUAGAAAUCUCGAGAAAGAUGGCACCGAAGUGUAGUGAUUUGCAGUUGGCAAUCCGCGGCCUGUGCGUGUUUAAAUAUCGCGUGAUGCGGACAGUCUGCGGGCUAGGUGAGAUUUCAUUCGAUCGUUACAUGGGAGCAAAACAAGUGCAAAUGUGUGUGUGUAGAACACGGGGUCGUGUCAAUGCUGUUUGCUGUGCCACCAUCGUUUAUCACUGUUCGUAGUGUGACUUAGAGGCGUAGAAAAGCAAAAAAAAAAAAGACAACUGCUGAAAAAAAAAAAAACAUUGAUUUUAGAUGAACCGUCUCUGCAAAUUCAUGACCGCUGUGUUUAUUGCGCUCACGCACCCCACCUCCUCCCACCUCCCAACUUAUGUAAUACCCUGCUAGAGGCCUCCAAGUGGUAAUAAAUGAUGAAAGCUUUUCUCUUUAGUUAUGUUUUGUACUUGCAGACUACACAGGUGCAGAUUGCUGACCGAGAUACAUAGGCUAUGCUGUAUAAGAUAUUACACUGUGAUAUAGAAUAGAUGCCAUAUGAUAUAAGCAAGGUAAUUUUACUGCAAACGGGCACUUCCUCCCCCCUUGGCAGUAACCAUCUGGGGAGAAAGAGGACAGGGGAAGGGAAUUUAGGGCAAGUUAAAAUUGCAUAAACAGAGAAAUCUCCCAGGCUCUCCAGGAGAGUCCAUGAUUCUUUCUUUGCUGUGAAAGUUUAGCUUGCUCGUAGGGGCAACAAUAAACAGAAGGGAGUUGCAGAUUCACUUACAAAUUCGUAUUCUAUACAAUCUCUGCAGUGAGCCACUCAGUGCAGCCACUCAGGGGGCUUUGGUGUUCAGCUGCACAGCACAAAGCCACUGGUUCGAUACUCAGCCAUGGCAGUUGCAUCCAAAUGGGAGCAGACUGCAAAAACACUCAUGUACUACAUUUUUGGGGGCAUGUUAAAGAACCCCGCUUGGUCAACCUAAUUCUGAACCUCCGCUACAUCAUCCAUCAUAGCCUCGAUGUGAAUUUAGGAAGUAGAAUUCAGUGCUUCCAACUUCCAAAGCCAGUUCCCGCUAACUCGGACAAAAAUAAUUCCCUAGAUUUCCAUAGAUAUACUGCAGGGUGUGGUUGUUUCAUAACAGUUUCAGUAAAAAUAAGUUAAGCAAACAGACUACAAACUAUAUGUUUAAGAAAAAUUUUAAGCUCACCUUUAAAAUAUUUCAAUAAGUUACUGCACUCAAGUUGAACUGAUGUCGCAGUGCAAGUCCUUAACCUGGAAAAAACGAAAGCUCAGCCUCGCCUGAAGGCAUAUUCACAAAAGACUCCAGCACAUUAAUAUUCUGCUCAACAUGCAGAUCAAGAUUUACACCGAGUCUUUUUGAAAUAGUAUGAAAAAUGAGCACUCUUGCAGAUUAUAACAGUCAAAACAGUGUGCCAUGUGCUUCAUGACACUAAUUUAAAAGAUGCGCAAUAAAUUUUUCUUGCAUGCCAUGUACUGGCACAGCAGCACCACAUUUAUGUGCUUGCAGGUCACUUGCAGUGGAGCAAGCAGAUAUGCAGCCAACUUGUUUGUCUUUCCUCCAUCCCAAAACUCGCCAAAACACCUCACCACUGGGACUCUGUCAAGGUUGCUCUGCUUAUGGGUGGUUUCCGGUAAACUUUAGUAUACACAUCCAGUCAGAUGCUCAGCACCACGACCGCCCUGUCGUGCUCAGCGCUAGGUAUGUACCUGUCCGCUUACACUGAGAUUUGCCUUCCUGGGUUGUCUGGCGUUUCAGAAUGCAUUUGUUUCACAGGUUACAGAUCAAUAUUUCCUCUAAAUGCACAGAAAUCAACAGCACAACGGCGAUAGUGUAAAAGCAGCGCUUCGUUAACAGUGCCCAGGGCAUCCACACCCUGCCGUUUGCUUGGUGAGAUGCAUUCACUGUACUGCAGCACAGUCGUAAGCUGUAUUUCGCAUGGUAAUGCAGAGGUAACUUGUGGUUACCAAAAUCAAAACAGAGCAGCAGUUCCACGUAUCGGUCGUUCUGGCAUCGACUGCAGCAGUGGUUUCUUCUAAGCACAAAAUUUCCCUAGAUUUAAACACACUUCUCUAUUUCCCUAAACAAGGUUUACAAUCCCUAGAUUUUGGGAAGCUUCCCUGGGGUUGGCAGCGCUGGCACAGCUCCAAUAAUAAUAUUGUCAUUAAUCACUAGGCUUCUCCCUUACAAGGACACAGCAGUCUGUUCUCUUGCCUAAGUAUUCACUGAAGUAUUGUUCGGCUGCCCAGUGAACAAUACCGAUCGAUGCAAUGUGCUUCUGU